UUGUGUUAGCAGAAAAACGGCAAAAGAAGGAGGAAAAAAUUUUCGAUCGCAUAACGAAACGUAAAGGGUUUGUUAGCAUUUUUACCCAGAUACAAAGUAGAGAAUUUGUAGGAACUUAAAAAGAUACAAUUUCGUAAAACUAACGUGCGGCAAUAAAAAUAUUAAAAUGAAUGAAGAAUACGAGGCCAUUGUUUUGGGCACUGGUUUAAAAGAGUGCAUCUUGAGUGGUAUGCUUUCAGUAUCGGGCAAGAAAGUUCUUCAUAUUGAUCGUAACAAGUAUUAUGGUGGUGAAUCGGCCUCAAUUACACCGUUGGAAGAAUUGUUUCAACGCUAUAAUGUCGAGAUUCAUGGUGACAAAUAUGGGCGCGGCCGUGACUGGAACGUGGAUCUCAUUCCCAAAUUUCUAAUGGCAAACGGACAGCUGGUGAAAUUGCUAAUACACACGGGCGUGACCCGGUACCUCGAGUUUAAGUCAAUCGAGGGUAGUUAUGUGUACAAGGGCGGAAAAAUUGCCAAAGUACCGGUUGACCAAAAAGAAGCUUUGGCAUCUGAUCUUAUGGGCAUGUUUGAAAAACGUCGUUUUCGCAAUUUCCUUAUAUACGUUCAAGACUUUAAGGAAGACGACCCCAAAACCUAUAAAGAUUUCGAUCCCAUAAGAUCAAAUAUGCAAGCUCUUUAUGAUAAGUUCGGUUUGGAUGCGAACACUCAGGAUUUCACUGGCCAUGCUUUGGCUUUGUUCCGUGAUGAUGAUUACUUGAAUGAGCCGGCUGUUAAGACUAUACAACGUAUUAAACUAUAUUCCGAUUCUUUGGCACGUUAUGGGAAAUCACCCUAUUUAUACCCGAUGUAUGGUUUAGGGGAAUUACCACAAGGAUUUGCACGUCUUUCGGCCAUCUAUGGUGGUACCUAUAUGCUGGAUAAGCCAAUUGAUGAGAUCGUUUUAGGCGAAGGGGGCAAAGUGAUAGGGGUACGUUCCGGCGAGGAGAUUGCUAAAUGCAAGCAGAUCUAUUGUGAUCCUAGUUAUGUACCCGACAAGGUGCGAAAGAAGGGACAAGUUAUACGUUGCAUUUGUUUACUGGAGCAUCCCAUUGGAAACACUAAGGAUGCUCUAUCUACCCAGAUUAUCAUUCCACAAAAGCAAGUCGGACGCAAAUCCGAUAUUUAUGUGUCUCUUGUAAGCUAUGCUCAUCAAGUGGCCGCCAAAGGCUGGUUCAUCGGUAUGGUUUCGACUACAGUCGAAACGGAUCAUCCAGAAAAUGAAAUCAAACCCGGUUUAGACUUACUCGAGCCCAUUGCACAAAAAUUCGUAACAAUUUCUGAUUAUAUGGAGCCUAUUGAUAGUGGUGUUGAAUCUCAAAUCUUUAUCUCAGAAUCGUAUGAUGCAACUACACAUUUUGAGACCACAUGCCUGGACGUCUUAGACAUUUUUAAACGCGGUACUGGCGAAGAUUUUGAUUUCUCUAAAAUCAAACAUGAAUUAGGCGAUGAAGACCAGUAAAUUAUUGCUUAUAUAGAGGGUCACCCGAGGAAUGAGAU